CCCAGCGCGGCCCGAGCCAGGCGGGACGUGCCCGGCGCGGCGGAGAGGCACGAGGCUCCUUAGAAGAUGGGUGACUGGGGUUUCCUGGAGAAACUGCUGGACCAAGUCCAGGAGCACUCGACUGUGAUCGGGAAGAUCUGGCUCACCGUGCUCUUCAUCUUCCGCAUCCUCAUCCUGGGCUUGGCCGGGGAGUCCGUCUGGGGGGACGAGCAGUCGGAUUUCGUGUGCAACACCAAGCAGCCGGGCUGCACCAACGUCUGCUAUGAUAAAGCCUUCCCGAUCUCCCAUAUCCGCUACUGGGUGCUCCAGUUCCUCUUUGUCAGCACCCCAACCCUGAUUUACCUCGGCCACGUUGUCUAUCUCUCCCGGAAGGAAGAGAAGCUGAAGCAACAGGAGAGCGAGCUUCGGGCUAUCCACAGCAAGGACCCGAAGAUCGAGCAGGCCCUGGCAGCUGUGGAGAAGAAGAUGUCCAAGAUCUACGUGACGGAGGACGGGCGGCUCAAGAUACGAGGGGCACUGAUGUGGACGUACAUCAUCAGCGUGAUCUGCAAGAGCAUCUUUGAGGCUGGCUUCCUCGUUGGCCAGUGGUACCUGUAUGGCUUCUCCAUGGUGCCCCGCUACGUGUGCAAGAGGGACCCCUGCCCCCAUCAGGUGGACUGCUUCAUCUCCCGCCCUACCGAGAAGAGCAUCUUCAUCAUCUUCAUGCUGGUGAUGGGCCUCAUCUCCUUAAUCCUGAACCUCCUGGAGCUUUUCCACCUCUGCUGCAAGAACCUGCUUAGCAACAUCAAGAAGGUGUCAGGGCCGGCCGGCCCGAGCCGGGAGGCCUUUGCCAACGACAUGGUCUCGGGUCCCUACCCGCCCAAGCACUACCCCUUCCUGCCCAUGGCCGAGAGCCACACGCCGCCCUACCAGGCCUACAACAAGCUCUCCAGCGAGCAGAACUGGGCCAACUUCCACAACGAGGAGAACCUGGCGCUGGGCAGCGGCAGCAGGCCCCUCUCGGACCCCUACGCCCCCCGGGCUGCCGAAGCCCCCACCCCGGAGGAGAAGCUGUGCAGCCGGCCCGGGAGCUCUGCCUCCAAAAAGCAGUAUGUCUAGUGCCGGGCUGGCCCCGGCCGGCGGAGGGGACCUCCCUUGGUCCCUCGUGCCUGCGAAGGCAGCUGCCUCCUGCCUGGUGCUGUGCCGUACGGACUGGCCCCGCUCCGGAGGCUGUGCCCGCAGAGACCUGCCUGCCCCUGGGACGUGGUGCUCAGGAGCGGGGCUGAGCGCUGCCCUGGAGCAGAGCCUCCGCUCUCUCCUGUUUUCCCCACAGACCCUGCAAGGAAGGAAACUGCAGAAAGUUCCCCGGGACGGCAUGUCCCACGUGCCUCGCCGUGGGAAAGGGAGAAAUCCCUGGAGCCAUGCAGCUGGGAACUGGCUGUCCCCCGGGCCGUGGCGGGAGGCUGCUGCCCCUCGGGAGC